CUUCUUGGCAGCUCGUUGUCAGCAUGUGUUUGCACUCUAGGCGCUGACGUCAAACUAGCGCUGGCGCUGUGUAGUUUAUUACCCGGGGAAGGAGGGCAGGAGUCAGUGUCGGCGCUGCAUACUGUCUUUACACGACUGAGCUCCUUUCACCGUCCUCAGCUCCUUCACUCACCAACCCGGGACCCGCACGGUCAUACAAUCCCCUUGGGUUCGCUUUCUCUCCCUGAGCUUUCAUAUUAAAGGUUAUUCGACGAGGUGAUGCUUCUCCUGUCAGUGUGGCUCGUAGCUGGGACAUUAUUGCAGAGUUUGACUACUACAGCAAUACGUGCUGAAUCCAAAGUAACUGACAACAGAGAGUUUUUGGAAAGAUUUGCUUCUCUGGGUCAGGAGUACGGACUGGUGACUCCGCUCAGAACGGAUGCCCGGGGCCGCUUCGUGUCUCACUUGGUGUCGGGCACUGCGGCUCGGAGGAAACGGCAGAGUGGCCCUGAGUCUUGGUCCGUGGAUCCAGGGGAGGCACACGCCAAGCUUCACCCUCUCUUCUUCAAUGUCACAGUCUUUGGUCAGAACUGGCAGCUGAGACUGAAGCCCAGCAACCGGCUGCUGGCCCCAGGAGCUGUGGUGGAAUGGCAGGAGGAUGAGCAGAACCAUACAGAGCCUCUGAACAGGGACUGCAUCUACACUGGGGGCAUCAGUCAUAUUGCAGGAGCCACAGUGGCCAUUAGCAACUGUGAUGGACUGGCUGGCAUGAUCCGAACAGAUCAAGGGGAGUUUUUUAUCGAACCACUUGAAAAGGGAAAGCAAGCAGAGGAAGAGGAGAAAGGUCGCGUCCAUGUGGUGUACCGCAGGUCAGCUGUCCAGGUCUCGCAUCCUGAAGUCCUUGACGACUUUCAUCCAACAGGAUCUGACUUUGCUGGUGACCUAGACCGUAUGUAUGACAAGGUUGGAAAACGAUUGGAUGAAACCUUGAGGCAACGGAGACAUGCGAAAGAUGAUGACUACAACAUUGAGGUGCUCUUGGGAGUGGAUGACUCUGUAGUGCGGUUCCAUGGGAAAGAACAUGUCCAGAACUACCUGUUGACCCUAAUGAAUAUAGUUAAUGAGAUUUACCAUGAUAAAUCAUUGGGAGCUCAUGUGAAUGUGGUGCUGGUGCGAAUGAUCAUGCUGGGAUAUGCAAAGUCCAUCAGCUUGAUUGAAAGAGGGAAUCCAUCUCGAAGUUUGGAGAAUGUCUGCCGUUGGGCCUCCUCUCAGCAAAAAUCAGACCAAAAUCAUUCCGAGCACCACGACCAUGCCAUCUUUUUAACAAGGCAAGAUUUCGGUCCAGCGGGAAUGCAAGGAUAUGCUCCAGUGACUGGAAUGUGUCACCCAGUUCGUAGCUGCACACUGAACCACGAGGAUGGCUUCUCUUCAGCAUUUGUUGUAGCCCAUGAGACUGGUCACGUCUUGGGAAUGGAACACGAUGGUCAAGGAAACCGGUGUGGUGACGAAACCAGUAUGGGAAGUGUAAUGGCACCCUUGGUCCAAGCCGCAUUUCAUCGAUUUCAUUGGUCUCGAUGUAGUGGGCAAGAACUUAAGCGAUAUCUUCACUCUUAUGACUGCCUCCUAGAUGAUCCAUUUGAACACGAUUGGCCAAAGAUUCCAGAAUUACCGGGGAUAAACUACUCAAUGGAUGAACAAUGCCGCUUCGAUUUUGGUGUGGGCUACAAGAUGUGCACAGCUUUUCGCACCUUUGAUCCAUGCAAGCAGCUAUGGUGCAGCCACCCAGACAACCCAUUCUUCUGCAAGACAAAGAAAGGUCCUCCCUUGGAUGGAACAGAGUGUGCUCCUGGAAAGUGGUGCUACCAAGGUCACUGUUUAUGGAGGACUUCACAGCAGUUAAAGCAGGACGGCAACUGGGGAUCAUGGAGCAAACUCGGAUCCUGUUCUCGAACCUGUGGAUCGGGCGUCCGAUUUAAAACUCGCCACUGCAAUAAUCCAGCGCCUGCCAAUGGUGGUCAGGAUUGUCCUGGUGUAAACUAUGAAUAUCAGCUGUGUAACAAAGAAGAUUGCCCACGGCAUUAUGAGGACUUCCGAGCCCAACAGUGUCAACAACGGAAUUCGUACUAUGAAUAUCAGAAUAUGAAACACCACUGGCUUCCAUACGAACAUCCUGACUCAAUAAAGAGAUGCCAUCUGUAUUGUCAAUCCAAGGAAAUGGGAGGAGUCGUCUACAUGAAACAAUUGGUUCAUGAUGGUACUCGCUGUUCCUAUAAAGAUCCCUAUAGCAUCUGUGUAAGAGGGGACUGUGUGAAAGUGGGAUGUGACAAAGAAAUUGGUUCAAACAAAGUGGAUGACAAGUGCGGAGUGUGUGGUGGGGACAACUCACACUGCAGGACGGUGAAAGGAACAUUCACCAGAACACCAAAGAAGCAGGGCUACUUAAAGAUGUUUGACAUCCCACCUGGUUCUAGACAUGUGUUCAUCCAAGAAGACGAGGUAUCUCCUCACAUUCUUGCUGUCAAGAACCAGGCUACAGGCCAUUACAUUCUGAAUGGUAAAGGAGAGAAAGCCAAGACAAAAAUCUUCAUUGAGUUGGGAAUAGAAUGGCAGUACACCUUGGAGGACAAUAUGGAAACUCUCCAUACAGAUGGCCCUUUGCAUGAUGCUGUGGUGGUCCUGAUUAUCCCUCGGAAUAAUAGCACCAAAUCAAGUCUCACCUACAACUAUAUUAUCCAUGAAGACUCUUUGCCAACCAUCAGCAACAAUAAUGUGCUUCAGGAAGAUCUUGACGUAUUUGAAUGGGCUCUGAAGAGCUGGUCCCAGUGUUCCAAACAAUGUGCUGGAGGUUUUCAAUACACAAAAUAUGGAUGCCGCAGGAAAACGGAUAAUAAAAUGGUUCAUCGCAGUUACUGUGAGGCAGACAAAAAGCCAAAACCUAUACGCAGAAUGUGCAACCUACAGGAAUGUAAGCUGCCUGUGUGGAUAGCAGCGGAAUGGGAACACUGCACAAAAUCCUGUGGGAGUUCUGGCUAUCAGAUCCGCACUGUCCGCUGCAUGCAUCUGAUGACUGAUGGAAUGAACCGCUCAGUGCACAGUAAAUACUGCACCGGUGAACGCCCUGAGAGCCGCCGGGCUUGCAAUCGAAAGCCCUGCCCGGCUCAGUGGAAAACAGGGCCAUGGUUAGAGUGUUCCAUCACAUGUGGUGAAGGAAUUGAACAAAGGCAAGUUACAUGCCGUGCAAGUAAUCAGUGUGAUGGGAAAAAGCCGGAAGCAACGAGAGUCUGCAGACGUCCUCCUUGUGGUGAUGAGCCCUGCCUUAAAGACAAGUCUAUAUUCUGCCAAAUGGAAGUGCUUGCUCGGUAUUGCUCCAUCCCAGGCUACAAUAAACUCUGUUGUGAAUCCUGCAGCAAACGCAGCAGCACUCUGCCUCCCCCCUUCUUCACCGGCACUGCUGAACUCGAGGAGUUAAUGGCUGAUGCUGACAACAGAGCUAGUAUGGAGAUGGCACCAACACAUCAGCUGGAUACCGCAUUCAGGAGCAGAAGUCCAAAUGGCAACAGGCUGGCAAGAGGAAGGAACACACAGCCCAGUGCAAUAACCACAGGCCUCGGCAAAACAAAAGGUGUUGGGUCCUCUCAAAAAAGCCUUGCUUCUGCUGACAGCAGGCCUCACAGAUUGGUGGCGUCACAGCAGCAUUUGCUUCAAAGCAGCACUCGCCUUCCCAUUAACAGAUCCACAGCUUCCCAGUCAACGGACAGGACAACAACAGACAGACAUACCACAUUACAGUCUCCUCUGGUAAACACAUGAAGGAGGAUGCUUCCUACAUGCAAUAAACAUUCCUCGGUGAAAAAAUAAUACCAUUGUUAAAAUUGUAGAUAUCAUAUUACACUAAAUAUUUAAAAGGACUUUGGGUUACUCCAGUGGAUUUAAACUGGCAAGUGUUUUUUUCCCUCUUUCAAUGAGAUGUGAAGUGCUGGCACUUUAUUCUUUUGUAUCUGAGCAGCCCCCAAAUUUUUUGGGCUUACAAAGUCACCAAAGAUUUUCCAAAUGUGGAGGACAUAACUCAGUCUGCCAGUUGUGACAACAUGUUCAUUUCAUACGAUGUGUUUAAAAAAAAAAUCAAAGCCAUACAAUUAAAGAGGUGCUAAUGUUCAGGUUUUGGCGGUGCAUUGAUCAAUAAGAAAAUGGCAUGUCGUCAAGUCAGUCACAUUUGUCAGUGAAAUGAAUAAUUUGUCAUUUGCAGCUGCUGUGUAAAUAUUGUACAUGCGAAUGUUAGCAUUAGUUAUUAAAAAUACAGUUUGCUCCAAUGGAUGUUUACCAAUGUUACAUAACCAUGUCUAAAUAUCAGUGUAAGCCUGAUAUUGAAAAACGGUCUGAUUAUAGCAAAGAGUAAUAGAUAAAAUGGGUUGCUGAGAAUUAGUGGUGGCUGUCUUACUAUGUUAACUCAAUGCAUGUAUUUACUAGCACCCAUGGACAGAUCACUCUAAUGCUAAUCUACAAACUACUCAGUAAAUUGCAACAUGCUAUUUCUUUCCAGGUUUACGGCGUUCCAGUGCCUAGUUUCCAGCAUCUAAAUUGGCUCCUUAGUCCACAGUCCCAAUUGUUGACAGCAGCAGUGAAUAUAUUUGCCAAAAAAGUAACCAGUUUCCCUUCUCAGAUCCACUCAAUCAUACAUUCCAGGGCAUUAGUGUAUGUUUACGAUGAAGAAAUUUGGCCAGUCAAGUGAAAUAGUCUUGCAUAAGUAUCUUGCCAAAAGAAGCAACAGUAUUCUAGUUGUUUCCCACUCCCUUCCCUCAUUAAGGCCCAAUAAGGGACCAAUUCCCAAUCUUAAUCAAUUUGCACAGGAUAGAAUUAAAACAUUAAUACAAUUAUAGUGAGCCAGUGAGAAAGAUGCUGUUACUGUGAUUUACAACAAAUAAUUCAGAUAUCACAGUAGCAAUUGACGAGCAGAGUACCUGUGAUCUCAAACUUAAAACAUCUUUAAAAUGACUAGCAGUAUUAAACAAAAAAGCUAAUAUUUUUUGGAGGAGAGAGAACAAGGUUGAACUAGUGUGAAGCUGUGUCCAGUAUUUCAUUACAUAAUCAAAUAAGUAUAAUUAGGAUACAACAACUGAAAGCACAUUGUGGAAUACUAGGAAGAAUGUUUGCUAUUGCCGUGCUAGUAAAUCAGAAUUUCCAGUCAAACCAAUGCCUGAAGAAUUACUGCUGCCUAUCCGCAAGGCUUUUGAAAAUUAAUUAAGCUAGUGUUUAGUUUGUAAAACGACAACUCCCAAACCCUCAGACAGUUGCUUAGAAUUUUAAAAUGUCCUUCAUGCCAUGAAGGAAAAUAAAAUGAAUUAAUUUGUUUAAUUUGCUUUAUUUUGUACAAUAAUGUAGAUUCCUGUCAUAUUCUGAGUGUACACUACUGAUGCUGUUGGUUAUACUGAGAGAGCACAUAGCAAUAAAAGUAACUUCUGAUUU